UAAGAGUCAUCAGAGGAACUGGCAUGGUGCAUAGAGACUGACAGAGCUCCAGGGCAGCUGCAAAGUUCCCCUAUCAGCAGGAGGCAGAUAGUCCAUCUGCACCAAGCCAAGAGGGCACAGGGAUCAGGACCAGCCUCAGACCAGGAGCUCCUUACAGAUCCACUGGAUGAGAUAUGAGGGAUAUUAUGGGCUCUGCUCUCCUGGUUGUGAUACUUCUAUUGCUCUCCACUGGAUACUGCAAAGGCAGGACUGACUCCAAUAACCUGACUGACAAGAACCUGCUCAAUUUUAUCAUGAAAAUCAUCAAAGACUUUAAGAAGUAUAACAUUAUAGAAGAGAAUGUGGGGCAGUAUCCCUUAAAGCAAGACUAUUACCCAGAGGACAAGGAGGACAUUGAAUAUGGGGCUUACCAGGAGCAGAGAGUAGAAAUUGUUCCCAGAGACCUUCGGAUGAAAGAAAAGUUUUUAAAGCAUUUAACAGGGCGACUAUCUUUUACAAGCCCAACCUGCAAUAAGCACUUUCGAAGACUCUACAACAGCACAAGGGACUGCACCAUUCCAGCACAUUACAAGAGAUGUGCACGGCUUCUUACAAGAUUGGCAGUCAGUCCUAUGUGUAUCGAUGGAUAACAGGAAAUGAUAUCAAAGGAACACGAAAUACCAAGAACUAAAAAAAAUCAAAAACAACAAAGUGCCUUGGAAACCAACAGGGAACCGAUACAGAUGUUUCUAGCAUAUCCCAUUGUGAACAAAUAAAUAUAUUUUUGCAUACUGACAAAAUAAUGUACUUCCAUAAUUCUCACAAUGUCCAUUUUUCUAUGUCGUCCUGUAUAUGCGGAUGUUUGUAAUGUCCAAUGACUGCCAUACUGAAAGAACGCACGCCCAGUGCGCCCGUCCCCACGGUCAUUGCCAGGGACCCCCUGACCGCGGUGAGGCAUUGUGUGCUUCCUGCCUCCAGGUUCGAAUUGGCAAACGGCUGCUUUGCUGGGUAUAAGUGACUUUUGACGUUAUGCUGGCUGCCAAGAAGACUGGUUUGUGACCGCCUUUAGAACAGACAUAUUAAUAUUGCAUAUUAUGUUCUGUGUAAUAUUUCUGCUGCAAUUUGUGUAUUCAAAAUCCUGUAAUAGACUCUGCUUUGCAACACUGGUAAAUCGAUGUAUUUAAUGCUUCUGCAGCCCAAAAAGUAACGUUUGGUUGAGAUAUAUAUGUUCUUCUUAACCCAAAGUUAAAUAUUUCUGGUCACAAGACUUUAUUUAAAAAAUUGCAUGACAAAUUGCCUUGCUCAUUGUCGGCACAGGACAAUGUAUUGUUAUGCAGAGGUCAGUCUACGAGUGCUGCGUAGCCUUCACUUUAUGUACUGUGAGCCAGACACGUGGGGCAGCGGACUUGUAUACAGACAUAUACAGGCUGGUGCCAUUCGUUUUCUGUACAUUACGUGUAUAAUACA